UAGUGAAAAGUCAACAAUGAAAAUUCGAACGCCUUAAUGCUGUUGAUUCUGAUUUAGUCAUCAGUCGUGUGGCAAACUUAUAUUGCUUAAAUCUUUGGUGUUUAGAAAUAUUUGCAUAUAUUUAGUCGUCCUUAGUCAAGGUUUUGUUAGUCCAGUCGCAGUCCUGUGGGCAUUAUGACUAGUGUCAAAUGUUGGUCAAGUCUGGUAGAAUUAGUGGGGUACAUACUCUUUGUGCUAUACGACUAUGUGCACUCCUUCUACAGAUUAUUUGUCCCAAAACCACUGAAAUCUUUAAAAUCCGAAAUAAUUUUGAUUACUGGAAGUGCAUCAGGUAUCGGGAAAGAAGUUUGUUUUCAUCUCGUGGAGGCUGGGGCGAAAUGUUUAGUAUUGUGGGACAUUAAUAAAACAGAAAAUGAGAAACUUGCAACAUCUCUUCGGAAAAUGGGGGCUGCCGUUUAUGCCUACGAAGUUGAUGUAGUCGAUAAAAUAAGCGUGUCCACAACAGCGAAAAAAGUGAGACGAGAUGUUGGAAAAAACGUUACCAUUCUCUAUAAUAAUGCAGGAAUUGCUCACAUUUCCAAUUUCUUUGAAUCUCAACCACACCAACUCGAGAGAACGAUCCAGGUAAAUUUGAUCUCCCACUUCUGGACCUUGAGAGAGUUCUUGCCCUCAAUGAUCGCUGAGGGAAGGGGUCACGUGGUCACCAGUUGUUCAGUACUCGGGAUGAAGGGUGUUCGCAAGGCUGUAGCUUAUUGCGGGUCGAAAUUUGCGGUUCGAGGAUAUAUCGAAGCUCUGGAAAGUGAACUGCGACACCUCCCAAACAAACCCAACAUCAAAUUUACGACAGUGUACCCAUUUUUUGUGGACACUCCUAUGGUGGAUAAUCUCAAGAUUCAAUACAGACUUGGUUUCUUGUUUAAACAUUUGGACUUGUCCAGCGUUGCCACAAAAAUAGUGGAAGGUAUCCGACAAGAGAAGCACUCAGUAGUCAUCCCGUGGUACCUUCAAGUUCUCAUCGCAUUACAAAAUGUGGUAACUCAAGCGUCCAUUGAUCGUACAAUGGAUUUUUUCGUAAGAAAUAUCGAAUAUGAAGAAAAAAAGACAACGACGAUCGAUGCUGGGUCCAUCAAAAGCAGUGCAGAUUUGCUUCACCCUCUGGAAAACAACAAUGGUUUGAUAUCUUUCAUGGAUAAUUAAUCAAAUGAAGCCAUUUUAAAAAUAAUUAAUUAACCCUUUGUUAAGCCAUUUCAAUAUUGUUUAAAUGUGUAGACUUUAAUAAACUGUACAGCAUAAGUAGAGAUACG